CCUUGGGCCCAAAAAUAAGGGUUAGGCAGCCCCUAAUUGGAGAGAACGCAUGACCAAAGAUUAGUGUUUCACGAGGAGCGAUGGUGCGUAUGGAAGGAGCGUUGAUGGGUGAAAAAUGUAUGAUGCUUGGUGUUGGUAUCUGGAAGAUGUAUUUUUGCUGCAAACACCUGAUGAGCCUGACUGGGUGAGACCGAAUCAUGUCAUUGAGAACGAGAAAAAUAAGGCGCUUCAGCUCACGACCUAAGCAAGAAUGUGACUUGAUUAAUGGACAGAUCCAAGCCAGCGAGGGCUUCGAUGUUGAUUGGACCAAGGCCCGCUGCCUUUACAAUUACCAUCCUGUUGAGUUCGAUGAUGAUGAAUUUGUCGAGGAGCCUGAAACCAAUCUUGAUCUACUCAACAGGCUCUGUGAGAAAUCAAUUGGUCACUACAAUCAGGAAAACAAGACAGCAUAUGAACUUGUCAAGCCUCUUUAUGCCAAUUUUCACGGGACUAUUGGGAUCAUGUUUCUCAUAACUUUCCAAGUCAAGGAUCCUGUUGAAAACCUCACAAAAGACUUCCAAGCUAGGAUUCAUUACUCUUAUUGUAGCAAGAGCCAGUUCAUCAUGUGCAGGCCAAAACACCACCAAGCAGAUAGCCUUGGAGUUGCCGAGAAUGACCCCAAGAAGCCAAAGACUGGAGUAGGAUGCUCCCUCUACUUGUGACAAAACUUACCAUCGACUCUUGGUUAUGUUUUUAUUUACUAUCUCUAGACUGUUCUUGUUGUCUUCUUGUAAGCAAAGCUACCUGUAGCGAACCUUGUAUCUCUCUACAUUCUAAAUGGCUACUCUCUUUUAGACUAAAAGACAAAGAAUUUUCCUUGGCCAAAUUUUUAAAUUCCAUUUCGUGGCAAAGUUUUCACCACCGCUUUGCU